AUGCAGUUCCACGUUCCGACACUCUGCCUCGUAACCGACCGCCUCCGUUGCAACGGACGGCGCAUCGAAGAUGUCGUGGACGCUGCGGUCGAUGGUGGGGUAGGGCUGGUGCAGGUGCGCGAGAAAGACUUGCCGGCUGCCGAACUAUACGCUCUGGCGCUGCGUCUCAAAGAUGUUGUGGGCAGGAGGGCAUUGCUGUUCGUCAACGACCGUGUGGACAUAGCCCUUGCAGCCAACGCCGAUGGAGUGCAGCUCGGCGAGAACGCACUGCCGCUCGAAGCCGCAAGGCAGAUAGCCGGCGAGAGUCUGCUGCUCGGGCGCUCGGUCCACAGCGUUGCCGGCGCGCUGAAAGCCGAGGCUCAAGGCGCAGACCUGCUCGUUCUGGGCACAAUCUUCCCGACAGCUUCGCAUCCGGGUGCAGUCACUGGAGGCUCCAGGAUCGUGCGGGAAGUUGCUUCUGCGGUCAGUCUGCCGUUCCUCGGCAUCGGCGGCAUAGACGCAACAAAUGCUGGUGAAGUAAUCGCGCAGGGCGCAGUCGGCGCAGCCGUAAUCACCGCAAUCACAACCGCAGAAGACCCUGCCGCCGCAUCAGCCGACCUGCUGGCAACCAUGCAAGCAGCAGUCUUGUCAGUGCCCGCUAAGGCCAUGUGA